ACAGAAUCUAGCGCAGUAGGUGCUAGACAUCGGAUUUGAACACGUCAAACUCAACGUUAAGACAACCAUCACAAAAAGGCCAAGAGCCAAUCAACAUUUUAACCUCUAAUUUUUCGGUAAAAAAAGGGAAUUUUUAACCCCUCCAUUGCUGUUUUCGGACCCGAAGAUUUUGAAAUUUUACCAUUUUGGAGCUCGAUUAUGGAACUGGUGGGGGGAACCUCCUCUGUGGACUUGAGAACAGCUGAUUUAGAUAUGGCGCGCGUGACAGUAGAUUCAAGGGUUUUUAGCUGAAUGAGGCUGAUGGAAGCCCUGGAUAUUGCCCCUGAAAUUGUCGAUGUGAAGACAUUACCGAGAUGGUCGGACAUACCGAUACAGCAUCAUUACACGGACUAUUCCAAUUCGUUGAUGGAGCCGACACACCAUACGAACUCACCGUUUCCUUGUCAAUCACUUAUAAAUUGCAAAAUUGCAUUAUGGACUGGAGAUAUAUCGAUUUUACAAGUAGACGCUGUAGUGAAUCCAACCAAUGAGACAAUGGACGACAAUAGUCCAACGUGCCAAAGAAUAUUCACCAAAGCGGGUCCAGCACUCAGUAUUGAAAUUGAUAACGAAGUCAAUGAAUGCAGAACUGGUGAAGUAAAAGUGACUCAAGCUCACAAUCUUUCAGCUCGCUAUAUAAUUCAUACAGUUGGGCCGAUCUACAACGUUAAAUACCAGACGGCAGCUCAAAAUACUCUUCACUGUUGUUACCGAAAUGUUCUCCAAAAAUCCCGUGAGCUUGGACUGCGCACUAUUGCACUACCCGUUAUUAAUUCAGUGAGACGAAAUUAUCCACCAGAUGCUGGUGCACACAUUGCACUACGUACAGUGCGAAGAUUUCUAGAGCAAUUCAGUGAUACGAUAUCAUGCAUUGUCUUCGUACUAGAGCCAUGUAAUUUGGGCAUUUAUCAAGUUCUCCUGCCCCUUUAUUUUCCGAGAACUAUUGAGGAACAGGAGAAUGCCUGCUGGCAGUUACCAAGCGAUAUUGGGGGGUCUGAUGGGGAGCCUAUGCUGCCAGAUCGACAGAUACGAAUUAUUGAUAAUCCACAACAUACACUUCAUGGUGACGAGACUAUUGAAUUAUCAAGUCAGUUGGAUACAUCAGUGAAUCUCAGUGAACAUGCCUUCACCCAAAUGCAAGGGGAUUUGGAUAGACAGCGGUUAUUGGGUGAAAGACCACUUACUGAUCCACUCGCUGACAUAAUGCUCAAGCAGAUGCAGCAGAAGGAGAGGUACGAAAGAUUGUUACGGAGGGCCAAGACGGAGGAUUUGACUGAAGUAUCUGGAAUCGGUUGUCUGUACCAGAGUGGAGUUGAUAGACGGGGAAGACCAGUGAUCGUCUUCGUGGGAAAGUGGUUUCCAGCCACGAAAAUUAGUCUCGAUAAGGCCUUACUCUACUUGAUUCAGUUACUGGAUCCAAUUGUCAAGGGUGACUACGUCAUAGCCUACUUUCAUACUUUAACAACAAGCAACAACUAUCCAAGUUUUCAUUGGCUGAGAGAAGUGUACAAUGUGCUUCCUUACAAAUAUAAGAAGCAUCUCAAACAUUUUUACAUCGUUCAUCCCACCUUCUGGACCAAGAUGAUGACGUGGUGGUUCACGACCUUCAUGGCACCUGCCAUCAAGCAAAAAGUUCAUAAUCUGCCAGGUGUCGAAUACCUGUAUGAAGUCAUGUCACCGGAUCAAUUGGAAAUUCCAGCUUAUAUCACCGAAUAUGAUAUGACGAUAAACGGAAUGAGAUAUUACCAGCCAGACCAGUCCCCCUCGUCGUUAACGUAACCGCUAUGAGGUGACAACAAUAAAAUAAAAAUUCCCACUUCAUAUAUAUAUAUAUAUAAAAAAAAAAAAAACUCCCGUAAAUUUAAUAAUGUCCGCGUCGCCUUUGAAUUUGCCUUUGCACGCGAAGAGAGAACCGAAUAACCGUGAAACACCAUUUUUUCACCCUCCCAAUAUUAUCCCCAGGUAUUGUCCAAAUUAGAAACAUAACGAUUUAGACUUGGUUAAUUAAGAUUCCUUCGCUGGAGGAUGUGACGAGUAGAGCAUUCUGACCUUCCUCGACAUUAUUGGCUUCUUGUAUGGGACAACCAACAAUUAUUAUAACAAUAAUACAUUAAAAAUAAUGAGUGAGUUUUCAAGAAAAAUUUGCAAUUGAGAAAUUUUUCAAAUAUU